AUGACUACUGGGGUUCUGUUGCUUUUUGGCCUAGCCAUGAUUUCCCUAAGCUCCGCCACCUUUGACCCCUCUGUAAUCUGCUCUCUGGUGGUCAGUGGAACCAAGAUGAACGAUCCGCGAGCCUGCAAUGCUUGGAUUCAGUGCAUCGAUGGACAGCCGGUGAGUGGGACCUGCGACGCUGGACUCUUUUAUGACAGGGAAAGCGAGGAGUGCCUCAGCUCCGAUAGCGUCAAGUGUCUGUCCAGCGAUCCCUGUGCAGCGGUGUCCAACGGUUUCACGGAAGAUCCUUACUCCUGCAAUGGCUAUUACUACUGCCAAAACGGAAAGGGAACGCACGGUGUCUGCAACCAGGGAAUGAACUUCAAUCCGGGAACGGAGGACUGCAUUAGAAAUUUCCCAUGUCCCAAGAAGAUGGAUCCGGACAGCUACUGCAACAUUCUGCCGGACGGCGUUUUCAUCAAGGACACCACAAACUGCAAUGGCUGGCAGAUGUGCUGGGACUCGCAGGUGAUAAAUGGCACCUGCCCGGGCACUUUCUACUUCAGUGCCUCGACGGCCAAGUGCGAUUAUCCAGAGGAUGUGGAGUGCGCCGCCACCCCAGUGCCGGAUAUUGCCUCAGAGGGAGUAUGUCCCGAUGCGGGAGUUUUUAUUUCCGAUAACAAAACCUGCAAUGGUUACUAUUACUGCCGGGCAAUGGAAAGUGGAGAGAUAGCCUUGGAGCAUGGAGAGUGCUCUAACGAAAGGUUUUUUGUGGCCACCGAUGGCGGAGCCUGUGUGCCCCGCUCCAAGGUGAAGUGUGAAUACGAUCGAUGUGCCGGCCUAGGCAACAGCACCAUUCAACUGGCCAACGAGUCGGAUGACGGAUGCCGCGGGUAUGCUAUCUGCCAGGACGGCGUCACGAUUGGACAGGGCACCUGUCCGCAGGAUGAGUACUUCGACGAGCUGACACAGCGCUGCACAGCGGAGGCCGUAUCUUUUCCCGCCUGCGAAAUUUCGGAGGCGACGACCAUCGAGCAGCGGACGGCGGUGAGUGAUGAUAGCACCACCACCCGCUCGGUCUCGUGA